CAGUGGCUUGAGUUUUGUUUGAAGUGAACUGCUGCUUGGAACUGCCCUACAAGCUGCAAAGUCGCCAAGCAUUUGAUUUUAACAGUAUAUUUUUCCACAUUUCCUCCAUAUUGUUUUAGUGCCUCUAUGCAUCGUAGAGACGAUGUUAGGCCAUCACUAUCCAAAUGCCGACAAGUCGCAACAACUGGUCAACUAUGUGGAGGAUUAUCUGGAAUGUGUGGAGUCCCUGCCUUUGGACAUACAAAGAAAUGUUUCUCUGCUUCGAGAAAUCGAUGCAAAGUAUCAAGAGGUGCUGAAGGAGGUGGAUGAAGUGUUUGAGAAAUACAAAGGUGAGCAAGAUGCAGCUCAGAGAAAGCGCCUGCAGAUCCAGCUGCAGAGAGCGCUCAUCAUCAGCCAGGAGCUAGGUGAUGAGAAGAUCCAUGUCGUAACCCAGAUGACAGAGCUGGUGGAGAAUCGUUCCCGUCAGAUGGACUCCCACUCCCUGUGCCUACAGGAGCCCAGCGAGGCUGAGCGACUAACUACAGAACGGCGUUCCAGCAUCCAGGAGUCCCCAGCCCCUGAACGCGCCUCAACUCGCCGCCCGCGGCGUCAAAGGAACAGCGAGAGCCGUGACUCCAGCCACCCAUCUGCUAAUGGUUCUAUGGUGGACGACCCCGUGGAAGAGUUGUCCCUUCCUCCACCCCGAGAGAAGAAGUCCAAGUCUGCAAAGAAGAAGAAACGCAAGGCCAAACAGGAACGAGACGCCUCGCCUGUCGACUUUGCUAUUGAUCCCAAUGAGCCCACCUACUGUCUUUGCGAACAGGUGUCUUACGGUGAGAUGAUCGGCUGCGACAAUGACCAGUGCCCUAUUGAGUGGUUCCACUUCUCCUGUGUGGGACUCACCUACAAGCCCAAGGGCAAAUGGUAUUGCCCCAAAUGCAGAGGGGACAAUGAAAAGACCAUGGACAAAAGCAUAGACAAGAACAGAAAAGAUCGCAGGUCCAGGUAGUGACCCUCACCUGUAAGAUGCCUUCAGCCUGAGCGUUAGGACUGUCUGUCGUAGUUGAUAAGAGUACUUGUGAUGUUGUAAGAGCACAAUCGAACACCAUUAGCAGCAGCGCUUAUAGUUAAUCAAGGACAAGUUGUGAUUGAACUUGUGCUGGCUAUAAUUGUACUGCAGUCUAUAGGGAGUUCACCUGCUGCAAAAAUCAUCAGCUUGAAGCUGCCAUCUUCCAAGUGUUUGCUUUUUGUGAGAUUAUUAUUUUUUUAUUUUGACAUAUGACAAAAAAUGAAAGCAUCUUUUGAUUACUAUCCCUUUUCACUCCGGACAAGGUCCUAAUAAAAAAUAGGGUAUUCCUGCUAAUGGACAUUAUUUUCUUUACUUUGGCCACUUUUUGAAUUGUGCUCAAUUUUUGGAAUCAGUGUCUGUCUUAUGGACAUGACUUGUAGAGAUUAACUUACACAUAUAAUAUGUUUACAAGACAUUGAUAUUUAAUUUAGGAGAUGACUGUUGAAGGGACACUGGAAGAGGACUUAAUGUUUGUGUUGUCACUGAUUCACUAUCACUAUUAUGUACAUUUCUUUUUACAUAUAUUAAAACAAAGUAUAGUCAUUGA